UAAUGGUUUCUGCAUAUUCUAUAGGAACUGCAAAAAGGGAUAGUCCUAUCAAAAAUUUAGUUCCAGCCCCAAAUACUUACUCAUUAAAUAAUUAACCAACCUCUCCUUAAUGGACGUAUAAUAAUUAUCAAUAAUUAAUAGAAUCGGAGGAAAAGUAAAGAGAGAAAUAAGAAUUAAAUCAUGCACUCCUGGACCAGGUUAAUAUCCUUAAAAAUCUUUAAUCAAUGGUGCACCUUGUUGUACAAUUAAAGGUAGACUUAAAGAGAAAGUUAUUUCAUAAUCUCCUGGACCAGGGAAUUACAAAGAAGAAUAAUUCUUAACUGUUCAAAAAAGAAUCCCUUCAUAUAGUAUGGGUGUAAAGAUUGAUAAAAUUAUCAAAAAUUUUGUUCCAGGUCCUGGAACUUAUGAUUUAAAUUAGACUUAUUAAACAACAAUUUCGAGUAAAUUUCCUAUUGAAAAAAGAAUAAAAACUAUGGAAGAUGGAUCUAAUUCGCCAGGACCAGGAUGUAUACUUUAAUAAUUAUAUUAGAAUACAAUCUCACAAACCAUAAUAAAUUUUCACCACAUAAAUCAUAACCUUCAUGGGGAUUUGGAUCAAAGAAUAAUUUUAAAAUGCAUCAAUCGUUAGAUAUGGGUUCCCCUGGCCCAGGUAUGUAUGAAUUAAAAAGUACAUUGACACAAUAGAGUUUCACACUAAAACCAAAAUUAAAAACUUAAGAAUGUGAUAAAUCAAUACCAGGACCUGGUAAAUAUUCUCCUGAUGUAUCUUUUAUUAAAUCUUCAUAACCUGUAUUCAAAAUGGGAAAAGAGCCUAGAAUUCCAUCAUAAAAAAUUACCCAAGAUCCUGGACCUGGAAGAUAUUAUUAUGAGUAAUUUUAAUAAUUAUUUUUAUUUUAGGAAUUAUGAUGUAAGAAGUAAGAAAACAUAACCUUGUUACAGUUUAAGUAAAGCAAAUAGAAUAUCAAUGGCUGAAAAUGAAUCAUAAUUUGUGCCUGGACCAGGAGCAUAUGAUGUCCCUCCUUAAAAAUUAGGUAAUAUUACACUUAAAGGAGUAAAACCUUAUAUGAGACCUCAGACUAUACCAGGACCAGGUUAUAUUAAAUUUAAUAAUAGGAACUUAUAAUCCAUAAGAUAAAUUAUGUUAUUCUUAUGAUGGAUCUGUCAAGAUAGUUUAGGAUAUUAAAUAGAAUAAGGCUUAACCAUCUGAAAAAAUUCCAGGACCUGGUGCAUAUGAAUUUAAAUCUAUUUUAAUGGGACCCAGUUGGGGAUUUGGUAAACCAAAUAAAAGAAAACCAAUUUAUAAUAUAAAUAACAGUCCAGGGCCUGCUGCUUAUGAUGUACCAUCUAAAUUUGCUGAUGUUCCAAAGUACUUAAAUUGUAAACCUAAAUUCUAAGUUUGAA